CAACACAGCCUUUGGAUUUUGCUAACUUUUAAAUGUUUAUUAUUAGAGUUCACGUUUUUUAAGUUAACAUGUAUAGUCUAAAAUUAUUAAAGAAUUUUUUGCAUUUAAAUAUUGUAAGACAAAGAGAUAUAUCUAGUACGAAAAUAUUAUGUGGAGUCUCUCCUAUAAAAAGUGUUUUAAGUGUUCCUCAAAAGCAUAAUCAAUUUCUGUGGAUUGUUAAUCGGAAAUUAAGUAACAAUUCCGAUGUUGCUCGAGCAUUCACUUGUUUUAAAUACUUGAGGCUUAUCAAAGCGAGAGUAAGAGAAGGUGGGCCUAUCCUUGAAGAAAAUGAAAAACUAGUGUCUGUAAUAGAAAGAGCAAAGAAGUUGAAUGUGUCAUCUGGUUUCAUAGAAUUCGCCAUGAAGAUUAGCAUUAAUGCUCGAGCUACAACUGGUGUGUUUGAAAUGCAGUUGCCAGGUAGUUGUCAUUUUAUAAUUCAAUAUGAAGACAUAGAUCAAACUACAACAAAACAUCAUUUACUAGAAAUGUGUGAAAGAAGCGAUGGUACUCUGAUUCAGUGGGAAGUGAAAUGGCCUCUCUUUUUUGAUCAUAAAGGAAUAUUAUCUGUUAAGGUUGGUUCUGGAUCACCGUUUUCUAACAUAGAGGAGGCAAACGCAUUUGCAUUGAAAAAUCAUGCUGAAACUGUAAAAGAAAUAGAUGAAGAAGGAUUUGAAUGUUGGAAGUUUUACUGUAGUCCAUCUGCUUUACAUGAAGUAAAAAAAUGCCUUAUCAAAGAAGGUUGUGAUAUAGAAGAAGCAUGUGUGGGUUACAUACCUAAGGUUAAAGUUACUCCGAGUAAUCAUCAAAAAACUGUCAUUAAUAAUAUUAUAGUUGAUUUGAAUAAAAUACCAACAGUUGAUAAUGUGUAUAAUAAUGUAAUGGAUAUUUAUUAGAAAAAAAAAUAAAAACUUGGCUAAACUAUG